CCUUCCAUCUAUAAAAACAAAGAAAGGCCUGCAUAAUUCAUAGUCAUUCUAGCUGUAAAAUCAGCAAAAUCAAAAGCAAUCAAACAUGACUCAGAUGAAGACUCAGAUUGUUUCCAGAACUUGCAUCAAACCCUCUUCACCUACUCCUCACAACCUCAAAACCUUCAAACUCUCUCUUCUUGACCAGCUCUCUCCGGCCAUCCAUGGCAACAUGACCUUCUUCUUCCCCGCAGAUGUCGCCGCCACCACCGACCCUGAUAUUGAAUUCUCACGCAAAUCCCGACUCCUCCAGGAAUCCGUAUCCGAUACCCUCACCCGCUUCUACCCCCUCGCCGGCCGCCUCCUUGACGCCUCCACCAUUGACUGCAACGACUCUGGUGGGUUCUUCAUCGAAGCCCAAUGUGAUAGCCCGCUUUCUGACUUCCUUAGCAAACCAAACUUUGAGACACUUGAUCAAUUCCUUCCCACCACUGACCCUCAAACCAUGGAAUUGUCCAAGGGUUCCAUGUGGCUUAUCAAGUUCACCAAGUUCAACUGCGGUGGCACCACAAUUAGUGUUUCCCUUACACACAAGAUCGCCGAUAUCGCUGCGCUACUAACGCUGUUAAAGAGCUGGACCGAGGCAUGUCGAGGUUUGAGGGAACCUACUCUCCCCGAUUUCACCGGAUCUUCUCUCUUGCCGCCUAGAGAGAUUCCGGGCAUGUCAGGAUCUCUGAAUAUUGCCGGCGAUAAGUUCAUAGCAAGGAGGUUCGUGGUCAGUGCCUCUAAAAUUGCGGAGCUUAAAGAAAAAGUUAUAAGCAUGACUGGACGAGAGCAGUACUAUCCUUCACGUGUGGAACUAAUACUAGCAAAACUCUGGAAAUGUGCAGCAGCGGUUGUCAAAUCAAAAACCGGGUCUUUCAAGCCCACCGCGUUGUUUCAAGCAGUGAACCUCCGAGGUAGAAUGGACCCACCUCUGCCUGACACGGUGUUCGGGAACUUUGUGUGGCCGUUUGCAGUGUUUGUUGAAGAAGAGAGCGACCUGGAACUACACAAGCUAGUGCAAAGCAUGAGGGAGACAAAGAAUGACUUCCUCAACAACAAGGCAAACAAGUUCAGAGGGGAGGGAGGUUUCUCAGCUCUAAUGGAAGCUCUCAAAGAGAGGGCAGAGAUCUUCAGGAAUAGGAAGGAAUUGGUGGUAUACAAAUGCUCAAGUUGGUGCAAAUUUCCAUUGUAUGAAACCGAUUUCGGCUGGGGCAAGCCGGCAUGGAUGACAAGCAUAAACAAGCUUGUGAGUAAUACCAUUUCUUUGCAGGACACGACUGACGGUGCAGUCGAAGUUCUUAUGACCUUGGAUGAGGAAGAGAUGUCCAUAUUUGAACGCCAUGAGGAGCUCCUGGAAUUUGCUUCAGUCAACCCCAGCAUUGAUGUUUGAUUUCGUUCAUUACUGCUUAAAUUUAAUGGUUUCAGGGUUUUCUAUGUGUUCAUGAAAUUUGUAAUUGUCCUAGUAUAUUACAUGUCUUGGCUUUCGUUCAUGAAUAGGUGAUUAUUUUUAUUUAUUUUUCUGGAGAAAAUAAUUAUGAAAUGUAAACUACAAAUUUAGGUUGGUGGGGUUGUAAGAGUGCUGUAAUUUUAUAAUGGGUAGGAUUGUUUCGGGGCAAU